CGUAGUGCAGUAAGCGCCAACCACGGUUGGCUUCGCAUACUCCAUACAAUACUAAAUACUAGCACUUUGUAACUUUUUCCUGCUGUUUAGAGUUCAAAGCCACUUUAAGAUGACGUGGGCGUGCGACGCAGGCCUAACGAGCACCAUCGCCGGCAGCUACCAGCACGCGCUGCCAGUGUUCGCCAACACGCUGCAAGCCUUCAUGGCGGCGCAGUGUGCGCUGGUUGGCGACCAUCUCUGGCCAGCUGAUGCUGUCAACAGUGUUCUACAAGAUCCAAACUACGACUUCAUAGUGGUGGGAGCAGGGUCCGCGGGGUCAGUAGUGGCCAAUAGACUGAGCGAGGUGCCCGACUGGAAGGUGCUACUUAUCGAAGCUGGCGGCAACCCUACUAUUAAUACUGAGAUACCUCAAAUCUACCUAAACAACAUCGGUUCUCCUGUAGACUGGGGAUAUAAGAACGUUCCCGAUGACAGAUACUGCCGAGCUUACACCACCAAGAGUUGCGCGUGGCCUCGAGCAAAGGUCCUCGGAGGCUGUAGCAGCAUGAACUUCAUGUACUACGUCAGAGGAAACAGAGCAGACUAUGAUGAAUGGGCCGCCGAAGGCAACAAAGGCUGGACAUACGAUGAAGUACUUCCUUACUUUAAGAAAAGCGAAAACUUCAGUGAACCUCUUACAGGAGACUUGAAAAAGUAUCAUAACCAAGGAGGUUACCUAAGCGUUGAGUGUCAAGAUGAUGCCCACGAGUUUGAAAACAUCCUUCUCAAGGCAGCUAUGCAAACAGGAGUGAAGUAUAAUCCUGACAUUAAUGGCGGGGAUCAAAUGGGUGUGUCUAAAAUACCUUCAACUACUAAAGAUGGUACCCGGCACAGUACCGCUAGAGCAUUUUUGAGCCCCAUAAAAGACAGGAAGAAUUUCCAUGUCCUUAAACAUGCGCAAGUGACAAAAUUGUUGUUCAAACCAAAUUCGAAUAUAGUCAGCGGAGUAAUAGUACACAAGGACGGAAGAGAUAUCGUCAUAAACGCAAUGAAAGAAGUAAUCGUAUCAGCCGGAGCGAUCAACACACCACAGCUUCUGAUGCUGUCAGGGAUUGGACCAAAGAAACAUCUAGAAAAAUUAAACAUCCACGUAAAAGCUGAUUUACCUGUUGGAGAAAAUUUACAAGAUCAUCAAUACGUUCCUGUGUUCUACUCGUUGCCUGGAGACAAGAAUCUUACUUCGUUGCCGACUGUGAUUGACAUGUUUGCAAAAUAUAUGUUGAAUCGGGACGGUCCGCUGGCGAGCACUGCACCUCACAGAAUUUCGACAUUCAUAAACACCACUGACCCUAAAUCUUCCAAAUCAGAUAUACAGUUCCAUUACUUCUUUAUGCGUCCAAAUACCGUUGACUUCCUUGACAUAUUCGAUUUACACGGAUUGAGUGAUGAAUUCCAGAAGAAAUUCCACGAAAUAAACGAAGAUAACUAUGUUAUGAUAGCAGCGGCGAUUCUCCUCAAACCAUUGUCAAAAGGAAAGAUUUUGCUAAAGAAUAAAAGUCCAUUCGAAAAGCCUUUAAUUUAUGCAAACUAUUUCGAUGAUGAUGAAGAUAUGAAAAUUAUAGUGAGAUCAUUGAGACAACAUGGUUUGAAAUUGGGUGAAACAGAGGCGUUUAAAAAGGCUGGUUUUAAACUGCAGUGGCUGGAAUUGGAAGGUUGUAAGCAGUAUGACAAGAACACCGAUGAGUUUUUGAGGUGUUGGUCGAGAGAGACAACGGUGUCUUUAUACCAUCCGACGUCAACUGCUAAGAUGGGACCGGAAAAUGACGAGGCAGCUGUUGUAGACAGUGAACUGAGGGUCCGGAAGGUAGAUAAUUUACGAGUUAUAGAUGCUAGUAUCAUGCCAACGGUCGUCAGAGGAAAUACUAACGCUCCGACCAUUAUGAUUGGAGAAAAAGGUGCUGACAUGAUCAAGAAAUUCUGGUCAAUUAAACACACUGAGCUGUGAAAGGACGGUAUUACAUCUAU